CACUUCCGGCUGCCCGUGACGUCGCUUCCGUUUCUCUAGGCAACGGAGAAACUCAGGCAGUUCGUUCUAUCAGCGAAAAUGGCGGACGUUGAUGAGACACUGAAGAGGAUUGAGAGCCAUAAAGGUGUAAUCGGAACAAUUCUUGUGAACGGAGACGGCAUUCCUGUCAGAACUACUUUGGAUAACUCCACAACCUCUCAGUAUGCGAGACUUCUUCGCAGCUUCACCGCUCUGGCCAGCAGCGCAGUCAGAGACGUGGACCCUCAAAAUGACCUCACCUUUGUGCGCAUCCGCUCCAAGAAACACGAGAUCAUGGUUGCUCCUGCAGAGAACAACAAUCUGUUGAUAGUCAUCCAAAACCCAUGUGAAUAGCUGCCAGAUAUUCAGCCUUCGUCACAUGAUGGUUUCUUUUCAAGAAAAUGUUAAAUGGAUGUGAAAUUAGAGUGUUUUUUUUUCACUCAGACUGCACUUUCCUAAAUGUUAUCUUUUGAAGGCCCUGGCAAAAUUAUUUGUGCAGUUUGAAUUUGUUCACGUUUUACAACUACAACCACAAAGCAAUGUCAUUUACUGGGAUUUUUAUGCAAUAGACCAGAAUAUGAUUGUGGACAGAAAAUGUGCAAAUAAAAAUAUGAAAUGUG